AUGGUCAUCCGACAGCCUCCCCACUACACAAGCGGAAGGUUCUCCGCCCACAAUCUCUCCCCCGAGGCCCUAGACGUGGACAACCAACAUGACGCAGAAACGCGCCGAGGAAGAUCACCUACGCCGAGGCCAAAUACCCCUCCUGAGCCCUCGUCCGCUUCCACCGUGUUCCCAGCAUCUUGCUCAGCUCCGGCUUCGGUCAUCUUAGGAGACCAUACCCACCUAACAAUACCUUCCCUCGACGACGAGGACGAGUGCGGUAUCGUCAGGAGCAUAGCCAUUCUGAAUCCUUUCAAGACGACGUUUGGGGGCCAGCAUGCGCUCCUGAACGACCACUGUGCCAUGGAUAUACUAUUGGAAGGAGAUAAGGCAGCCACCACCCUUUCAAGGACAGAUCUGCCUAACGGUGCAGACUCCCGGCCAUUCCCGGAUGCGCUCUCCGUUCAGGGCUUGAACGAGCUAGGAUUUGGCAGUUAUUUGGCGGGCCCGGAUGUCGUCCCCGUCAGCCAUGCAAAUGGGCUAGAGGUUGACAAGAAACCAUCGACAUUCGAGGUGCUACCCGAGCAAGGGGCUGGCCAGGGGCUGCAAACUAUUGACGAUGCAUCGACUACUGAGGUGGGAAAGGAGGGGGUUGCUGAAGAGGAGUCGCCUGCUGGGGAGGACUCGCCUGCUGAAGAGGACUCGCCUGCCGGAGACAAGGGUGGUAGCGGCGAUCCAUUUCAGGAUGAUUUGGAUCCCGACAUGGACGACGAGACGAACAGUGACUGGGACACCCACGAACAAGUCGAGAAGCACCUGGAGGAUUACAAUGAGUUCAAAAGCGCAAUCAAGGGCCACGAAAAAUGGACCGACGCACAGGCUCAUCUGCAUAAACUCAUUGCACUGCGCGGGUCGUGGCCGAUGCUGAGGAGAGACUGGACCUUCAACUUUAGGACGCGGAAUAUUUACCCCUGGGUCUAUGCUCCAGAAGGGAGCCGCAAGAAGGUGGCCAUCAACGCAAGAUCGGACGAGUUCCGAGCCGCAAAAUCUCUCGAAGCUUUAUUCGACCUGUCGGCGCUUAUAUGCAGCUAUCGUCAAAUCAGAAUGGAGGCUCGAAUCGGGCCUGUUCUCACCAAAGCUCUCGAGAGGCAUAUCGACUGGGCCAUGCACGACGCGGGGGUAUCAAAGCGGAUAUACAUCCCCACCCUCCAGGUCUACGAGUUCGAUCCGGCAGCCUACGACAUGGAGAGCGGCGACGAGUUUGGCUCCGACUCGGAGCUCGAUUCGGACCCCAUCUCGGACGAGGUCGAGAAGAGGCUCCGGAGAUUGGCCGCCAAACACAGGCUGGAUCUCGUCCUGCCCGGGCGUAUACACCUGCCGGAGGCGGAGUGGGAAUACCGGUCGCCGCCGCCCCUCCUGUUCGCCUUCGUCGUCGUGCAGCACAUGGUGAUGAUCAUCAACCUGGAUUCUUCGCAUCCCGAAAACGAGAUCAUCGUCUUCGUGGAGAUCAACAUGUCUGAGGCGGACCAGUGGCUCUGGAACGCCUUGGCUGUCACCCUUCCGGUCCAGGUGGCGAGAGAUGCACUCUGGGCUAUCAAAGACACAUUGCCCGAAGUGGAGAUGAUGGAAGUGGACGACCCUGAUAUAUGA